GCAAUGUAAUGUGCCAUGGAGGAGCCACCUUAUCUUCAUCCUCCUCUGUUCUUCUCAAAAACCCAUCAGCUCACUUGGGCAAUAUCCUCCUCAUCGCCUCGCUUACCAAACCUUAUCAGAAUCCGGGACUCGAAACCUUGAUCCCAACUCCACCCCCAUCUCGGAGCCCUUGGGCAACCAGAUUCUUUGAAAGAAUUCCCUUGACCCUUCCAAAAAGCUAAACUUUUUUCGAUGGUGUUGCUCUCUCAAACCAAAGUUCAAACACCCUGCAGGCACUUACUCACACAUGUUCCGUACCCUCUGCGACACCGGGUUCCUUGAGGAAAUCCUGAACUUGUUAGUUUCGAUGAAGGAAGAUGGUGUUGUCAUUGGUUUUGAGACUUUCAAGUUCUUGCUCAAUGCGUUUAUUCAAUUUGGUAGGUUCGAUUUUGUGCUUGAGAUUCUUGAUCACAUGGAAGAAUUGGGUACUAACUUGAAUCCCAAUGUGUAUGGUACUGUGCUCGUUGCUUUUAUUAGGAAAAACUAGGUGGGUUUAGCGUUAUCUAUAUUCUUGAAGCUUUUAGAAGCUAGUAAUGGUGUUAAUAAUAGGGAUUCUAGUUU